GGGAGUGGCUUGAGCUGAGUCCAAGACAGGCAGAAGAGAGGACAUUCUUUCAGUCUAGAAAAAAGUGCUCAUCAGUUCCUCUAAAAUUUUGACUGUGAAGAGAGAUUGUGAAUAAGCCUGGACUCUAGAUAGUGAUGCAAUAGUGCAGAAUCCAGAAUGGAUGUCCUCUUUGUAGCCAUCCUUGCUGUGCCACUUAUCUUGGGACAAGAAUAUGGGGAUGAAGAAGGACUAGAAGAGGAUGAUUAUUAUCAGGUGGUCUAUUAUUAUACAGUCACCCCCAAUUAUGAUGACUUUGGUGCAAAUUUCACUGUUGAUUACUCCAUAUUUGAAUCAGAAGAUAGACUGAACAGGUUGGAUAAAGAGGUAAGGGAAGGAGCGGAAACUACUACCAUUAGUCACGAAACAGAACUUACAGACCAUCAGAAGCCUGAAACAUUGAAACCAAUGACAAUGGAACCACAGAGUCCAGAUCUGAACGAUGCUGUAUCCAGUCUGCAGAGUCCUGUUCCCCUCCUCCUGUCCUGGGCCCUCGUUCAGGGGGGGAUGUAUUUCAUGUAGAAGGAAAAAGAAGGCUGCUACAAAUCUUUGGAUGGGGAUUUGGGAAGAGGAAUUUGGAAGAUAAAUAAAUGAAAUAAUCUGGUUACUCUCUA